AUGCGACAGCAAGGUAACUUGUGCGCCAUGCACCGAGAAGCAGAGGAGGAGGAGCUCUGGCACCGCGGCCAUGGCGACGUGCCGUCGACGUCGCCCGAUGAGGAGGAGGAGGAGAACUCGCCGAUCGAGCAGGUGGCGCUGACGGUGCCCGUGGGCGACGACCCGGACACGCCCGUGCUCACCUUCAGGAUGUGGGUCCUCGGCAUGGCGUCCUGCGCCGUGCUCUCCUUCCUCAACCAGUUCUUCUGGUACCGCAAGGAGCCGCUCACCAUCACCGCCAUCUCGACCCAGAUCGCCGUGGUGCCGCUCGGCCGCCUCAUGGCCGCGGCGCUCCCCGAGCGCGCCUUCUUCCGCGGCAGGCCGUACGAGUUCACCCUCAACCCGGGGCCGUUCAACGUGAAGGAGCACGUGCUCAUCACCAUAUUCGCCAACGCCGGCGCCGGCACCGCCAUCUACGUCGUCACCGCCGUCCGCAUCUUCUACGGCAAGAACCUCACCUUCUUUGUCUCCCUCCUCGUGGUGCUCACCACCCAGGUGCUCGGGUUCGGGUGGGCGGGGAUUUUCCGGCGGUACCUGGUGGAGCCGGCGGCUAUGUGGUGGCCGUCCAACCUCGUGCAGGUCUCACUCUUCAGGGCGCUCCACGAGAAGGAGGUGCGGAGCAAAGGCGGCUUCACGCGCAGCCAGUUCUUCCUUGUGGCCUUCGUCUGCAGCUUCGUCUACUACAUCUUCCCCGGCUACCUGUUCCAGAUGCUCACCUCCCUCUCCUGGAUCUGCUGGGUCUUCCCCAACUCCGUGCUCGCUCAGCAGCUCGGGUCGGGCCUCUACGGCCUCGGCAUCGGCUCCAUCGGCCUCGACUGGGCCUCUGUCUCCUCCUACCUCGGGAGCCCUCUCGCCAGCCCCUGGUUCGCCACCGCCAACGUCGCCGCAGGAUUCUUCAUCAUCAUGUACGUGAUCAUGCCCAUCGGGUACUGGUUCAACUUGUACAAGGCUCGGAACUUUCCCAUCUUCUCUCAUGGGCUCUUCACCGAGUCCGGGCACAAGUACAACAUCAGGAGCAUCGUGGACUCCCAGUUCCAUUUUGACACCAAGGCCUACGAGAAGAAUGGUCCACUGUACCUCAGCACUUUCUUUGCUGUCACGUAUGGUGUCCGUUUUGCAUCCCUUACCGCAACGAUCGUCCAUGUCCUCCUCUUCCAUGGAAGUGAAAUUUGGCAGUUAAGUAAAUCGGCUUUCCAAGAGAAGAGGGUGGAUGUGCACACAAAGCUUAUGAGGAGAUAUAAGCAGGUCCCUGAGUGGUGGUUCAUGUGCAUGCUUAUUGUUAACAUUGCCGUCACCGUAUUUGCUUGUGAAUACCACAUCGAGCAACUCCAGCUGCCCUGGCGGGGUGUGCUGCUUGCAUGUGCCAUAGCCUUUUUCUUUACCCUCCCAGCUGGAAUUAUCACAGCAACUACGAACCAGACUCCAGGAUUGAACAUCAUCACAGAGUACAUCAUGGGGUACUUGUACCCAGGAAGACCGGUGGCAAAUAUGUGCUUCAAGGUAUAUGGCUACAUCAGCAUGAGCCAAGCUCUGACGUUUCUGCAAGAUUUUAAGUUGGGCCACUACAUGAAGAUUUCCCCAAGGACCAUGUUCAUGGCUCAGGUGGUGGGAACUCUGAUUGCGGCAUUUGUGUACCUUGGAACGGCAUGGUGGCUCCUGGACUCAAUCCCCAACAUCUGCGACACCGAGCUCCUCCCAGCAGGCAGCCCUUGGACCUGCCCUGCCGAUCAUGUGUUCUACGACGCAUCUGUCAUAUGGGGUCUUAUUAGCCCACGCAGAAUAUUCGGGGACUUAGGAACUUACUCGGCGGUGAACUGGUUCUUCUUGGGGGGAGCCAUUGCCCCACUCCUCGUCUGGUUUGCACACAAGGCAUUCCCAGGCCAGAACUGGAUCUUGCUCAUCAACAUGCCCGUGUUGAUUGGUUCCACCGGCGAGAUGCCACCCGCCACUGCAGUCAACUACAUCACAUGGAUAUUUGUUGGGUUUUUGUCAGGCUAUGUGGUCUAUAGAUACCGACGUGAUUGGUGGGAGCGACACAAUUAUCUGCUUUCAGGUGCACUAGAUGCUGGUUUGGCAUUCAUGGCCGUGCUAAUUUAUCUGUGCCUAGGCUUGGAGAACAUCAGUUUGAACUGGUGGGGCAAUGACUUGGAUGGAUGUCCCCUGGCUUCUUGCCCCACUGCUAAAGGUAUAUUUGGUGAGGGGUGCCCAGCAGUGUAUACGUGA